UUUGUUUUCGCGUUCGAACAACCGCAAUAAAACCCUCUCUCUCCCCGAUCUCGAUCUCGACUCCGAAAGUCAAACAGCCACUCUUUCUCUCUCUCAGAGUCCAUGGAGCCCUCUCCCUCUUCCGCAGCGAAAACCGACCCCGCCGACGCUGCUUCCGAUACCGCCUCCGUCGGCAACCCAUCCGAGCAAUCCGAUCUGUCUAUUCACUCCCGCAGAGACGUUGAUGUCCAUUCGCCGGCAUCGUUGAGGAGUGAAGAGUAUCGGCACUUGUUUCAUCUUCCGCCUGAGGAAGUACUUGUUAAAGAUUUCAAUUGUGCCCUCCAGGAGAAUAUCCUUCUUCAGGGUCAUAUGUACUUGUUUAUUCAUCACAUCUGCUUCUACUCCAACAUCUUUGGCUUUGAGACAAAGAAAACAAUCUCUUUUCAUGAAGUCACAUGCGUACGGAGAGCAAAAACAGCAGGAAUAUUUCCUAAUGCCAUAGAAAUUUUGACUGGGGAGAAAAAGCACUUUUUUGCAUCAUUUUUGUCCCGUGAUGAAGCUUAUCGGCUCAUCAUUGAUGGAUGGUCACAACAUAGUGCUAGUGAUCGUCAGGAGUCAAAAUCUGAUACAAAUGGCCAAGAUAAUGUAAUUUUUCAAAGCUUGAAAUGGACAACUAAUGACCUGGAAUCUGUGGGCAGGAAUAAGGAUGCUUUGAUUUCAGAGGAAUCUAAGCUUCUAUCCAACAAUGAAGAAGACGCUGGUGUGUCCUUAAAGCGUUUGAAAGUAUUGGAGAAUGGAGAAGAAAAAAACACUGAGUGUUCACCUUGUCCAGAGCCUGCGAUUUGGAAGCUGGAGGAUGUUGAUGCCCCUAAGAUCCAUGCACAUUACACAAUGGUUGCUGAAUCAAAGUUCCAGAUCCGGACAGAGGAGUUCUUCAGCCUCUUUUUCUCAGAUGAAGCUGUAGACUUUGUUGAAACAUUUCAUAGAAAAUGCGGCGACAAAGAUUUUCGGUGCACUAAAUGGUAUGAGCAUGAACAAUUUGGACAUGCCCGUGAUGUGUCAUUUCAACAUCCGAUCAAAAUCUAUUUUGGUGCUAAAUUUGGUCACUGUCAGGAAGUCCAGAAAUUUCGAGCCUACAGAAACAGCCAUUUAGUUAUUGAGACGUCACAGGAAAUUAACGAUGUGCCAUAUGGGGAUUACUUCCGUGUUGAGGGGCUUUGGGAUGUGGAGCAAGAGGGUAAUGAGGAAAACUGUUGUUGUGUUCUUCGAGUAUAUGUAAAUGUAGCAUUUUCCAGGAAAACCAUGUGGAAAGGUAAAAUAGAGCAAUCAACAAUAGAAGAGUGUCGGGAAGCUUAUGCGCUUUGGAUCAGCAACGCACAUGAAUCAUUGAAGCAGAAGCAGAACCUUCCGAAACUAGAAGGAAGCGCAAGUGAUUCCACUAAUCGGCUGCAUGAUAAUGAUGCUGACUUGAGUGGGUCAACACAAAUCGAGGGACCUUCAGAAAAGUUUCCUGAUAGGAUUGAUUCAAGUAUCCAACAGAGGUCCGAUUCUAAGGAUGUUAUUCGACAGUUUGGCAAUCCUGUGAAGGGAGACUUGAAUACUAGCUACCUGGCGUCUCUACUUAGAGAAUCAUGGGCAGAAUUCUGUUCAUUUCUUAAGAGCCAAACUCACUUCCCACUCAUGUUUCUCAUUGCAUUUGUUUCAAUCCUCGUCUUAACACAGCUUUGCAUCAUUGUUCUACUAACAAGACCCCCGAAGGUCCAUUUAAUUUCUGAAGAGAGCUUCAUAAGGAGUCUCGGCAGUGACAGGACAGAGACCAUAGCUUGGUUAGAGAAGUGCUUCAACCACCUUAAGGAUGAAAUGCUCAUGGUCGAGACUCGUUUGGAGAAUAUGCGCCAUGAAUAUGCGCUGCUACAGUCAUAUAUACGAGGCAUUGAACAGUCAAAGUCAAAGUCAUGAUGGUUUGAAUCAAAGCUGUAUAAUUUUGGGUAUCAAUUUUUUCUUACCAUAUCUCAUUUGUAAAAUCAAAGCAGAAAAAGGAAAACAUGUCAAUAUGAAACCAAAAUUGUAGAGACUGAUAUCCACAGGUUUCGGCGGCAGUUCUAUAUAAUUCUUCUCUUUCUUGC